AUGCAUCGUUGCAAGGAAUCAUGCGGUCUCGACCUGCUGCAGCUUCACGCGUAUGGGUCGCUGGUUGAGACGUGCAUUCCUCGCGGGCCGCGCGCGCCCGAGGGUCUCACGACAGACUUAAUUUUGAAUCCGCGCCUCUGUGUGCCCUCGCUCGCCGGUUCGCCGUCGCCGUCAAGCGCCUCUGCCUCGUUUGCAACCGCCUGUCAGCCGCCGCCUUUGAAGCCUCUCGAGGGACAAAAACAGAAAACGCCCGCAAUCUUCGGGCGGGGCUCCAGGGCGGUGCCCGGUUCGUCGCACUCGACGACAUGUUCAGAUGUCCAUUCGAACGAAGAGAACGACAGUUUUUUCGCACUUUCUGCAACCGACUCCGCCGCCGCCGCAGCGUGUCUGGCUACCCCUCUCUUCCCGACCCACCCCGAGGAAGGCGGCGAUACAUCCCGUCAGGAUGCUGGAAAGCGCGUCCCGCGGCCUCUGCAUGCGCCGCCCAGUGCAGAGAGGCCGACGCCGUCAGCUGCGCACGAUUCCGUCCUUUGCCCAGCGAAGGCAUCCGAAGACGCGGCGACGUUUGUGCUAUUAGCGGGGAACGCGCUGGCCCGCGCAGACUUGCGGCAAGGCGAAGCGGAAACCUCAGUUGCGUCGAGCGAGAAAGUUCUACAGUUGACUUCGAACGCGGCUUGUGUGACAUCGCAGAGGGCCGGCAUAAAAACGGGAGCAGUCGGAGGGGAGGAAGAAGACGAAAACCCCAUACAGCGCGACGGAUCUCGCUCAGAGGCAGAGGAAAGACGGGGACCAGAGAGCGAUCCGCCAGCAGAAAGAGAGACAGCAGACAGCGCCGGGGCCGAACAAGAAGAACGAGAAAAAGGCGAAGACCAAGCCGACGAGAUAAAGAGGGCGAACGACCGACACGGAGAGGAAGUCAAAGUGGAACGAAGCACUACGCAUGGAGAGGCACACCAAAGAGACGCCCCCACGCCUGAAGCGAAGCAGCAGAAUGCGGACGCCGCAAAGCAGCGCGCGUCUGCAGGAAAGCCGAGAGGUGAAGCUGUUGCAGAAGCGGCGGAGGAGCGUCGCGACAAAGAAUGCGGACAGUCGGUAGGUGCAGGAACGAGUGGAGAAGCCGAUGAAGGGCGGAAGGCUGAGGCGAGCGCCGACACAGAACAAAAACCAGAACAGCUCAAGAAAGCCGAGGCCACAGGAGAAGCGCAUAGGCGAGCAGGAGCCGCAGCAGGGAAUGCCGCCGCUGAUACACAAGAAGAAGAGAAUUCAGUCGAGACAGACGCCCAAGGGGAAACGCUGGAAUCUGGAGGGGAGCCGACGGAGCGAGACAGCGCCCCGCUGCCCUCCGCGCGUCCUCUAGCUGAUGUACCGACUUGCCCUCUUUCGCAGUUUAACACAGGGUGUUCAGGAGACACAUUGUUUCCGCCAUUAGGCUCCAGGCCCGACAAGGCGACGGCCCCUAACCACGCCGGCGCAGCCUUGCAGUCAGCGACGACAUCGUGCGUCCUUCCAGAAGAGGACUGUGAGGCUCCACAGCCACCCCGCGCCAUGGGCGCGCAGUCGUCGACUGGCCUGCGGGAGACAGAACUCAAUCGAGCAAGCGAGACUGGUGCGGCGGGCGUCGGCGCGGACUGCGACAAAAGCAGGCGCUUACUCAGCUCUGCUGAAGACCACGCGGCAGGCGCUCUGUCGACUGGAGAAGCGCCCAGGGGCCCUUCGAGGCCAGAAGGCAGCGAUGCAGUCGACAGAGUGGAAGACGGCACAAAGGGUGAGGGCGAAGGCACAUGCCGAGAUAACGGUGACGCAGAGAAAGGAAGCUUCGAUGGGUGUGCCCUUUCUUUCGAAGAGGGCUCCGCUCCCGCGCAGGCGCCUCGAGACGGAGGGAUCGUGUCUCUUUCUCCCGAUUCAGGCUGUGGAGACAAGCGAGACUCAUUCGAAAGCUACUCCGCAGCGAAAGACGCAUCUUCUCUCUUUCAAACCCAUGGACAGGCCUCUGAGGCGGGAUGCCUACGAGGCUGCCCAGCGCGAGAGGGUCUGCGCGGCGCAGCUGAGAUGGAGGAUGCUGCUCUUCAUCAUCAGGAGGCGCCAUGCGGCCUUUAUUCUGAAGAUUGCCUCAGCGGGAAGGCUGGAAAUAACGGCGUGCGGGAGAGGCUGGCGGGCGAGGCAGAAUGUCAGAGGGCGCUCGUCGACGCCGAGGACGCGUUCGCCAGCUUCUGCGAGGAGAGCCAAGCGCGGUUCCGCGCAAAGGAACACGAAGGCGAGAUGCGAUUUCUCUCCGAACUGAUGCGAGACGCCUCGCGGUUGGCCUCGCCUUCGCGGCGGGAGCCGCUUGGUUUGCCCCGCGGCAGCAGUGAGAGUCUUCUGAAGUAUCCAGAGGCCCCUCCGCGCGGGCGAGGAGGGGGGAGCAGUCAAGCCUUUCGGCAGGAUGCACGCGAAGCUGUGGCUCAGAUCGAACCGGCGGAAAACCGCCAAACAAGGGGCGGCGUGGAGCGGAGGCAAAUAAGGAGCGACCGUGAGACUUUUAGGACAGAACGCAGCCAGCCAGCGGCCUGUCACGCGGAGGAAGAAAGCCGAUUGCGGCUCCACCAGACAUCCGCGGAGGAGGACGUCUCGAAAGGCCCCGUGCAUCGCACGGUCCGCGCGCCUUACGGCUUCGCCACUCUGGAUUCUUUCGUUUCUUCUUCGCGGCAGCUGCCGUCUCCAGAGCAGGCGCCUCCUUCUGGCGCGGCACCCGACGUUUCCUCGGCGUCUCUUUCUUCUGCUUCUCCGCGCUCGUCUGCGUUUUCUGCGCUGCUGUCGACGGGGUUUGCGAAACACCUGACGUCACUGAGACCGUGCGCAGCCUGUUUCGCAGAGCUCUUUCUGCUCGGCCGGUCGCCACUCGAAAUGGCCAUCCACUGCCGCAUCCAGCGCGAGCAUCUGCUUCAGCCCAACGUCUCGCAACGCCUUCUCUCCUCUCCACUCGUUUCGCCUAACUCGUGCGAGGGUGUGGGUGAAAUCCAUGCAGAGGAUGAAGCUGCGGUGCUUCAGAGAGGAGGAUCGGCUGGCGGCGGGCUGCCGCGCCACUGUCAUCCCCGUAAAGGGGUCUACAGUGGCUCGUUUGGCGCCUUCUCGGUAUUUGCAGCCUCUUCUGGGCCGUUUAAGUCUGCCUGGCCUCUCGCGUUGGCAUCAGCGCAUGACGCGUUUCCGGCUCCUUCUUCUUCUCUUUUCCCUCGUCUGUCGCAUCUCUCUUUUCGUCAUCUGCCGCCUGACCUCCCCCCGUCUGCUUCGCCCUCGUGUCCUUCUCCAGAGGCGGCGACGCGCCCCGCAAGCAGAGAAGCGAGCCUGAGAGCCGCGACGGAGCUUGCGAUGCAAGCCGCUGCGGAGUCUGGCUCUGCACUCUGGCUGGUGGAAGGCGAGCGCGAGUUCCAGUGGCGUUGCCGGGAGAGAAAGCUGUUCAACGCCUUCCUUCAAAACAACAAGAGACGCUGCCUCCCCCGCGACGAGUUCCCGUCAAGCCACGAGCUCGCGGGGCAGCAGGGCUGGGCUGCGUCUCACGUUGAUCACCGAGCGAAGGCCGCGGCGGGCGGCCGACUGAGUCGCUGUUUUCUGAAACAGGAGGAAGGGUUCUUUUCCCUCUGCAAGGACCCGCAGGGCUGGACUGGCAGCGAGACGCCGGCAGAAGCGUCCAUACACCACAGGCGCAGCCCGGAAUCGAAACGAGCGGACGACCUGAGGCACUCUGGUGGCGAACUCGAGCCGCUGGACUGCUUCCGCUGCGGGCAUGCGUGUCCCACUCCUUUGCAUUCUCGCGGGCGUGCCUCUCCCUCGAAGGGUGGCGGCGAAGCAGGCGAGUGCCGACGCGCGGCGAGGCGCGAGGGAGAGGUGGCGCGACGCCAAGCUCUCCUGGCGACCGCUUGCGGCUUUCGCCAGAGAGGUAAUGGGAAUUCAGAAGAAGGGCCUGUCACACAGUUUGGAUUCGACGCGAGCCGCCCCAAUCCACCACCCCAGCGUCCCUCUCGCUUCGGCGAGGCUCCUGCGUGGUUGUCUCUUCAGUGGGAGGCCCGCACUCUGGAGCAGCGGGGCGUGCCUCCUCAGCUCGCCCGAGGCCCCGCUUUGCGAGGGUCGUUUGAUUUUGAGCAAGACGCGGAAGCUGGCGACGACGAAGACGAUAAGCAGAUCAAUGAGAGCGAGGCUGAAGAGGACGAGGAGGCGUGGACCGAAUGCCGCGAGCGCGAGCGGAUUCGUGAAACCAUUCAAACGCUCUAUCGCGCCUUUGAAGAGAGUGAGAGAGAGAACGCGGAGCUCCGUCGGCAGCUCGCAGCGAGACAAACGGCACGGAGCGCUGCGCCGGCGAACCAAGGCGCGGUGGCGAGUGCCUCCAACUUCGAAACUGGCACCGCGGUGGGAGACGCAGAGACGGCGAGUCACGCAGAUGCAGACACGGAGAACGAGACAAGGAAGAAGAGGCGAAGGAAGCAAAUGAGGGGAGGCGCCGCAGGCUGGUUUGACGAGGGAUACCGCUCCGCGUAUUCCGCGACUUCGCCCCGUCCUGCGUAUGCAGCAGUGGUCGCCGACUCAGGAACGCCUGAACGCACAGACUUCCCCCAGCCCCUAGUCUCAUCUCCAGCGCCUUCCCAAGCCUUUCCGCGCUCGGACCGACACUUUGUCUCUUCUUCCUCUGCGAGUCCGUCUCUCCUGGCGGCUGCUUCAUCCUCUCCGCGGCCUUCGCGGGCGUCGUCGUCGUCUCCGCUUAGCCGCACGAGCGCAGAUGAGGAGGAGCGCGAGCGGAUGAACGAGCUCUUCAAGCCUCACGUGUGGCUGGAGGACGACGCCGCGGCACCGCCGGGGGGCGGCGACAAGCUGCUUAAGACACCUGCGGUCCGCCGCAUCUCGAAAACCGUGUCAGAGUGCCUUCCCACGCUCGCGCAAGCGAACGCGGCGCUGGAGGACGCCGAGCGUGAGAGGCGCGCGACUGCGCGUCUAUCAGAACUCCCCGGGAGGAGACAGCAUCGCCGACACCUGCGCGGAGGAAGGCACUCGAGAUUCUCGCGCCUCCACAGAAGCUUCGCGACGCGGCGGCGCGCGAACGACGGACCGGACAGCGCGGCGGCGUCGCCAGGCUCUAGCGUUAGCGCGUCGCUCGAGGGUGCUGACACCGGACCCGUGACCCGGCAGGCUGGCAGGAUGCGCCGGCGGAACUCGCGCACCGACGUGAAGAGCGAAGCCGAGGGAGCGAGGCAGCCGCUUUGCCUUGGCUCGCCUGCCAGCGGCCUGGUAUUCUCAGAGGAAGACGACGCGGAGGAAGUGAACAGACUCGAACGCGAGAAGCCGCGGUCAGAUGGCCAGGGAGAAAAAAAGGGCCCGGAGACCCCGGCGGGCAAGCGCGAGGAGACAGGAGGACCGCAGGGAGGGGCCGAUCGCCCCCAGCGCGACGUCGCGCCCGAUAACGCGCCGCUCGAGGCGGAUGAGACACGAAACGCGGGCUGCGACCCCUGCGGAUCUGAGGAGCCCCGGAGCACAGACGAGGGACGCCGGUCUAGCGGAAAAGCUCUCUGGGUCAUGCAGAAGAGGCAGCAGCUCGAGCUGCGAGGCGCGCCGAGCCCCGAGAAAAAUGCCGAGAAGGGGGAAGCGCGAAUUGGACGCGAGGGCUGCGCCGGAGGCCAGGACAAAAAAGAAGGCGCCGACAGGCCCGCAGGCGAUGCGGGAGGCGCCGCCACCAGAGAAUAUCGCGCGCGAGUGAAGGGGGAGAAGUCGCGGCAAACGCUCCGAGAGGAGAGUCUCAGGGAGCGCGAAGAAGAAAUGCAGAAAGCGCGAGACUACCAACACCUACUGCGGCUGUUGACCGCAGAAGCGAAAACUCUCAGGCCCUGGCGGGAGGGCAUCACGUGGUCCAAGACACAGGGAAGAUGGAUCGUGAAGGCUCCAUCAGCUCGCAGCAGGUUUCCUGCGCGCGCGUUCGUGCCGCACACAGUCGACGAAGUUGCCGCGACGCUGGCCUCAGCGUGUGAGUACUUGGAUCAGUCUCGGCGCUUUUCGCGUCGCUCGUCUGCCGCCGCACGCAGGCCUCUGUGGCCUCUAGGCGCAACUCGAGCGCCUCUCUCUCCCUCGGGCGCGCAUGCACUGAAGGGCCCGGCGGCCGCGGAGCCGCACGCAGGCGGCGCUGCGGGGGAGAGAGGAGACUCCGAGGGGCUUCAAGGAGACAACGCGGCUCUGGAGAAAGAGAGCCGCACGCGGGAAGGCAAGUGCCACCCAGACGCCGCGGCAGAGGACGGGCGAAACGCAGGGGAGGAGGAGACCCAAAACCAGAAUGACCACUUUGAAGAGGGAGGAGUCCCACCCGAAGCGCAUCUCUUCCGAGGCAAAAACACGCAUAAGACGACUAGGAGCCGCGGAACCGGUCAGCCUGCAGAACUGAAGUACGCGUUGGGCGACAGGGGCGAAGCGCCUCGCGUCGGCGAGGAGAGAGACAUACGCGCUCACCAGACGCCAAAGGGGACACCUGCGCUUGCACAGGGGCAGGAGAUGGCAGUCGUCGGGGGUGAGGACGAAGCGCGUUUUCUCACAAGCGCCGAGCUGGAUGCUGUAGCGGAUAAAUUGAGGCCUCUGAAGUACCCGAUGACGUACUGGCUGAAGGGGCAGCGCGCAUUCACCGUCAAAAUCUUCAAGUUUGAAAAGAUUCGCCUCGACUCGCCGCCGGCUGGCGCCGCCUCUCAUGCUCCCUCGACGCCGAUCCAGGCCUCCUGCGCGUCCCUCGAAGCGGCGCCGCCCGCCGGCACCCGCGAGGGGCAAGAGGCUCGGAAGGCGAAGGACGCCCAGAGCCAGCCCUGGCGGCCAGAGGCGCAAGCCCGCGACGCGAACCGAAGCGACGAGGCAGGCGGGCUCGACCGUCUCAAAGAAGACCCGCUGCAGGGAGACAGUCGCGCAGGCUGCACAGAGGGAGAGGAAUGGACGACGCGGCGUGCCGAGCUCCGCGGCUCCCUCGGAAGCCUGCAGAAGUCCUCCAGCUCUUCGGCAAUGUUCCUGCUCCGCAACAAGCAGUACACGGGGUGCCAGCGCUUCGCUCUGCGAGAGAACACCCUCAAGUGCUUUUACGAAGCUUACGAGGAGGCGUGCGCGUAUGCAGCCUCGAUAGGAUACCCUCCGACCGCCGCCGUGGUGCGGGCGGGCCCCGGCGGGGCGUUCCGCCUCCCGCGGGCCUCAGAGGCGACGAGUGGCCUCUCGGAGGCCAAGACCGCGGACACGCUCGGCGAGCCGCCUCGCACGCCCCAAGAUUCUGUCGCCGAGAACGCAGCUCCCACCGCACCGCCCCCAGAAGAGGAGCACGCGGCAGGAGCGGACCCGAGAGAGGCUUCACGGUCCUCUCAAGCCGGAGAGAGGGGCGCUGAAGGCGAAGGGGCUGGCGAACGCGGACACAGCGCACAAGCAGAGACACGAGGACGUGGAACAGCCGAAAAAGGCGAGGGAAAAAAAGACGGACUAGACCAAGGGAGAAGGCGAGGACGCGCAAGCCCGGGGGAGCACAAACACGCUGCGGACGAGGCAGCUGACAGAUCUGGGGAACCCCCGAGGGGGGAGAAGAGGUGGAGGCGAACGGCGCGCUCUCGCAAGCUGCGGCGGUGGAGGACGCGAUUCCCGCAAGACGACGAAGAGGCAGAGUAA